AUGCUUUCAAACUUGUUGUUACUGUUCAUUUGUAUACUCAUUUCGUCCUUCAUUUUAACUACUCAUUCUUACAAUAACAAAUGUCUUCGCCAUCAGGAAAUCUUGUUGCUUCAACUCAAGCAUGAGUUGAUCUUCGAUUCUUCUCUUUCAACAAAGCUAGCGCGAUGGAAUGAAAGUGGCGAGUGCUGCAAGUGGCACGGUGUGGAAUGUGAUGCUUCUGGCCACGUCGUUUGUUUGCAGCUCGAUGGUGAGGCCAUUUCUGGUGGAAUUGGGGAGUCGUCGAGUCUCUUCAGAUUUAAAUAUCUGCAGAAGCUUAACCUCGCCUUCAAUUAUCUAGACUUGAACUACCCUCACAAUCUCAUUCCCAUUCCAAAAAGUAUUGGCAAUCUGACUUAUCUCACACACCUGAAUUUGUCACAUGCUGGUUUUGGUGGGCAGGUUCCUUCUGAAAUUUUAUCCUUGACGAGACUGGCUACACUCGAUAUCUCCACCGGUGCUCAAGGUCGUGAGAAGCCAAAUAUGGAGAUACCGAGGUUGCCUAGUCUCAAGAUCCCCACCGUUGCUCUAAGUCUUGAGAGGCCAAAUUUGGAGAUGCUUUUCCAAAAUCUUACAGAGCUUAGAGAGCUCUGUCUUGAUUGGGUCAAUAUCACUUCCUUUCAUGAAAGGAAAAAUUGGAGCCAUAUUAAAUCAUCAAAUAUAUCCAGCCUCACCUCUUUGAGCUUGGUUGGUUGUGGUCUUCAUGGCCCUUUGCCUAAAUCCUUUUUGCAGCUUCACUCCCUUUCUAUUCUUCAACUAGAUGCGAAUGAUCUUUCAGCAGUAUCACUCCAUGACUUGUUCACCAAUUUUCCAAGUCUGACCACCUUGACUCUUUCUGGCUGCGGUUUGAAGGAUUCAAUUCCAUCCACCUUUGCUAACCUAACCAAGUUGACUCAUGUCGAUUUGUCAUAUAACUUAUUCAAGAGCUCUAUCCCAUCAACCAUUGCUAACCUAACAAAGCUUAUUCAUGUUGAUUUGUCAUUUAACUUCUUCAAGGGUUCUAUCCCAUCAACCUUUGCUAACCUAACAAAGCUGAUUCAUGUAGAUUUGUCGACCAACUUAUUGACAGGCUCACUUUCUCCUGCGAUGUUUGAAGGCCUUUCCAAUCUUGUUCAUCUUCAUUUGGGGUUUAAUUUUUUCUCCGGCUAUGUUCCCCGCUCUUUGUUUGGUCUCCCUUCAUUGGUGGGACUUCAACUUGGACCCAACCAAUUUAAUGGUACUUUUCAACUCGACAACUUGAGAAGCCUUCCCAAUCUCGCAUUCCUUGAUCUAUCUAGCUUGUCAGUAGAUAUAGGCAACGUCAAUUCGAGUUCAUAUGGAGGUCUCCAAUUAAAAGUGUUACUCCUACCUUCGUGUAACUUAUCCCAUUUUCCUGAUUUCAUCAAAGAUUUGGAUCUGCAAGCGUUGGAUCUCGCAGCCAAUAGUCUUGCGGGGGAGAUACCUAGUUGGAUUUGGGGAACACAUCUUUUGUUUUUGGCUCUCUCCUUCAAUCAUUUGACAAAUUUGCAAAAGCCUUACCAUAUUCCUCCUUCUCUUGAAACCCUAAGCUUGCACUCAAACCAGUUUAGGGGCGAGUUGCAUCUGCACAUUCCACUUGAAUCUAGACUCUCGACUUUGACUCUCGAUAAUAAUAGUUUAAGUGGAUCAAUUCCAACUUCCCUCUGCAAUGCUAGACACCUUAGCUAUCUUGACUUGUUUAGAAAUAAACUGAGUGGUUCCAUACCCCCUUGCCUAUUUGAAAACAUUAGGUUUCUCGAUCUGUGUCAAAACAACAUCAGCGGCGUCAUUCCAGAUAGUUUUCCGUUGCAUUGUGGUCUACAAUUUUUUGAUCUAAACAACAAUUCUUUAGAAGGGAAGAUCCCAAAGUCCAUUGAACAUUGCAAGGGGUUGGCGUACAUGAAUGUUGGCAACAACAUGAUGAAUGACACGUUCCCAUGCAGUCUAUCGUCGACCUUGAUUGUUCUUGUUUUGCACUCCAAUAGAUUCCAUGGGGAUUUAAGAUGUCACACCACUUGGCCAUUUCUCCAAAUCCUUGAUGUAUCUUCCAAUCAUUUUAGUGGAAGUCUGGACUCAAUCAACUUCUCCAGUUGGACGGCUAUGGUAGUACGAAGUGAUGAAAGAUUGGCACAGGGCCCUUAUCGUCGAUUCUCGAGCUCUGGCGUCACAUUAAUCAUGAAAGGGAAAAUGGUAGAGCUUUACGAGAUUUGGUUUGAUUUUAGUUCCAUUGAUUUGUCUUCCAAUAGUUUCUAUGGAACUAUACCAAAUGCAAUUGGUAAUCUUACCUCACUUCAUCAUCUCAACUUCUCCCACAAUGCUCUCAAUGGAAGCAUUCCAGAAUCGUUUGGUCAGUUGAGUAAUCUCGAAUCGCUCGACCUCUCUGUGAAUGAACUAACAGGGCUGAUCCCGGGGGAGCUUGGAGAUCUCACAUUCCUUGAAGUGUUGAAUCUAUCUUACAAUAAGCUGGUCGGAGAGACCCCAAAAGGCCGCCAAAUGCAAACAUUUUCAGUUGAGUCCUUUGAAGGAAAUCCAGGGCUAUGUGGUUUCCCUCUCCACACAAGUUGCAGUCCUCGUGAUGACAACCACAAUGGCUUAUCAACACGAGAACAUGAUGAUUUGGAAGUGGAGAGGGAGAUUGGGUGGGAAAUCGUAUGCGCUGCAGUUGGAUAUGUUGUGGGAUUCGGGGGCCUUAUGGGCCUACUUUUAUUCCGCCAAAGAUUAAGAGAGAGAUACUUCGGGAAAAUAGAAGAGGUUGUUGAAGACAUGUUCAUUGCCAGAGAUAUGCCAAGAAUACGUGCAAGAAGGGCAGCAGCAUGGAAAUCUGGUUAA